GUAUCCCGUCACGUGCUAUCACAUGAGAGAGAAACAGAGAAUGGCUGCUGUUCCUUCUGAUCUCUUUCCAUUUCUUUACAAAUUUAUGAUCAAUAAUUCUCUCCACAAGACUGCCAGAUCUUUUAUAAAGGAAACCAAAUUUACCAUUCCCUGUACUAAUGAUACUGGUACUACUGAUGACGGACUCUUAGAUUUUUAUAUACACUACAAGAAGAAUUUGUCUUCUAGUCUCAAAAGGAAGGCCUCAGAAAUGGAGUCAUCAACACACAAAGCAAAGAAAAUAAAAGUAGAAGUUGAAUCAUCAAAUGAAGGGAGAGAACCGCAAGGUGGUGUUAAGAAGAAAGGUAAAGUGAGAUCCAAAGAAAGAAAGAAUUCAGGAGAAAGUGAUGGCAAGGAAAAUGAAGUUGGAGCUCCAGCAAAGGAAGAAACUGAGGGUGAAGAAACAGCUCCUAAAAGAAAGAAAAGUAAAACGCCAUUGAUGAAAGAAAGCAUUCAUAAUGGAGGAGAGACUUUUACAGUCUCAGAUGAAGAGACCUGUAAAGAGGUUGUCAGCAGUUUAAUGAAUCCAGAAAAGACUUCAAAAAAGAAGAAAAAGAGCAAAGCACUAGAAACAGGAGAAGAAGAGGAGAGACAGAGCCAUUCAACACCUACAGUUCCUUUCAGACGUGUUGAUGACAGUAUUACUGUGGACAUGAAACUUAGCAAUAACUCUUUUGAAGCUAAAAAAGGUUCUAAAGGUUCCUGGGGAGAGAAAGCAAACAAAGACUUUAAACAUACAAAAGGUAAAAGCUUUCGUCACGAAAAGACAAAAAAGAAGAGAGGAACUUAUAAAGGAGGAAUGAUAGACACCAGUGUUAAUAGUAUCAAAUUUGAUAGUGACUGAUCAUGAUGAUCGUAAUUAAUUAAUUAAUUGAAAGCCACACCCCUAAAUUGAA